CAUAGUUCUACAUAAUAUUAUUUUAACAAAAAUGCUAGACACAAAUAUUUACGAUGUAGAUAUCAGCAUGAAAAGAAUUUUUACACCUCACUCCAAGAAGGAGAUCACCAGGAAGGUAUUAAAUAGCAUUUCCUACAAGGAAGUUCAAAUUGCCGAAAGCCAAUUAGUCCUAAAAAUGCUGAUCGAAGUGCACCAAGGUCUUGAAGCAUACAAAAAGACUGGUGAUACUGACUUUGGUAUCACUAAAUCUCAGGAAAAACUCGCAAGUCUUGAACAACGCAAGGAGAAAGAAAUCUCAACUGUCAAGAAAAUACGCAAGCAAAACACUGCUCUUAAGAUGAGAAUUGAGCGCUACUUAAAGAAAAUCAAGAAGGUCGAACACAAAACAAUGCUGAGAAUGAGAAUUGUUCAAAAGAAAGCUGCUAAAUUUUACCAAAGGAUGAGAGAGAUGGGCAGCUCAUCUAAAAGCAUCCGUAAUGCGUACCAUGAGUCAUCCAUCCGCAAUUUGUACAACUCUCCAAUGCCAGCAAACAGAAAGAACAAAGGAGGAAACUCAACUCUGUCAGUUCCCUGACUUGAAGAUACCAGUUAUCUCAAGAGUCCCAGAAGUUGCCAAAUGAGCAUGACUUCUGGUGACUAAACUCUUAUCUAUCAGAAAGAAAUGGAUAUUUCUGCCUUAAGUUUCGAAGGGAUCUCAGAUGAGGCCUCCAACUGAAUAUUUAAUACAUCAUAAAUAAAUUUUCU